UGAUUUAAUCACAAAUCUUAUCUUGAAUCGUUAUCUUUCUCUUCUUUCCUUAAACCAAAACCAAAAAAGAGAGACCAGACAAAAAAAAAAACACACACAACCCCUCACAACAACAAAAAAACCUCUACUAAUUGUUUCUCUCUUUAACGAUGUCAUCGGACAACGAAUCGACACCGUCUCAGGCGACGGUAGAAAUGACGGCGACGUCUCCGGCGAAGAUUAAAGAGUAUCCAGAACCAUUGGCUUCACAUGAAGUUGUCGUUAAAGAUUCUUCUGUCUUCUGGGAUACUCUCAGGCGAUUUCACUCAAUUAUGUCCACUAAGUUCAUGAUUCCUGUGAUUGGAGGAAAAGAACUGGAUUUGCAUGUUUUGUAUGUGGAAGUCACGAGGAGGGGAGGUUACGAAAAGGUAGUCGCAGAGAAAAAAUGGAGGGAAGUUGGAGGAGUGUUUAGAUUCUCUGCGACAACAACAAGUGCUUCGUUUGUCUUAAGGAAACAUUAUCUCAAUCUUCUCUUCCAUUACGAACAAGUUCAUCUCUUCACUGCUCGUGGUCCACUUCUUCAUCCCACAGCUACAUUUCAUGCCAAUCCAUCAACGAGCAAAGAAAUGGCUCUCGUCGAAUAUACUCCUCCGAGUAUAAGAUAUAAUAAUACUCAUCAUCCUUCUCAAGGUUCGUCGAGUUUCACAGCCAUUGGUACAAUAGAAGGCAAAUUCGAUUGUGGUUAUCUGGUAAAAGUAAAGUUGGGCUCAGAAAUUCUUAACGGCGUGCUUUAUCAUUCGGCCCAGCCCGGCCCAUCAUCAUCUCCAAGCGCUGAUCUAAACGGUGCCGUUGUACCUUAUGUUGAAACUGGGAGGAGGCGACGUCGUUUAGGUAAAAGACGAAGAAGCAGACGCAGAGAAGACCCAAAUUACCCGAAACCAAACCGGAGCGGUUACAAUUUCUUCUUUGCAGAGAAGCAUUGUAAGCUCAAGUCUCUUUAUCCCAACAAGGAAAGAGAGUUUACGAAAAUUAUCGGCGAAUCGUGGAGCAAUCUCUCUACUGAAGAACGAAUGGUUUAUCAGGACAUUGGAUUGAAGGAUAAGGAGAGGUAUCAGAGGGAGUUGAAUGAGUACAGAGAAACGUUAAGGCUCAGGGAUGGUAACAUGACAAACGACAAGGCGUUUUAGGUGAUUUUAGGCGUUAAGUCGAUUUGUUUGUAGGUCGUUUCUCUUUUUUAAGAUCGGACGUCUCGCCGUUUAUUUUUCUAGCUUAUCGUAGUAGUUGGCCAUGUGAAAACUAGGCUUAGCCGUGUGUUUGGAUUUUAUCGGACAGUUCCUUUCUCUUUUUAUGUUUUUUCUGAAUUUUAGAUUUUCUACUGAGGUUAUAUUUUCUUCAA